AAAAAAAAAAAGUGACUAUUUUUCACAAAUACACGUAAUCUUCUUGUGAAAAUUUCUUGACUCUCUGAACCUCUCUCUGGCCUCAUCAGCACCCAAAGCUGAUGUUCAUGCGUCUCCAGGAAGCAGAUUCCCUUUCUUGUUCCCACCCCACUUCUCUGGGUUGGCAUCAAAAGCCAGUGAAAUACAAAGGACUGUUGAUUAUCCGAUGACUAAUUCCUAUCAACUAUUCUUAUAAAAAUGGGAUGAGGGAAGGGAAUACAUUUCUACGUUAUAAGCAUCAGAUUUUCUUGCUACUAUUCAUUAUGCAUCACUCUAACCUCCAGAAGAACACUUUAUAAAAUUCAGAUUCUCAUUCUAAGAACAUUUCAAAAUGAGUGAAUGACUAGUCUUCAGCUUAGAAAAUGUCAGGAAGUGAGGUUUGCUUAUUCAGUUGGAAUAAAAUGUAAAUCACUCAGAAAAUAUAAACUCACAUGUGGGAGCUUCCUCUGCCGGCAUCGAUCAGUGGGCUGAAUGACCCAUACCAUGCUCUUAUCUUCAUCUAGAAACCACCAUUUUCAUGUUAGCUUAAUUGCCCACUGAAGACCAAAUCUAAAGCUAUUUCAAUGCCAAAGAUUCCAGGGAGUUCUGUGUCCAUUAGUGGUGGACUGAGGCGUUUGACUAACCCAGUAGAACACAAGAGAAUCUGGACAAGGGGUAGGAGAUAGAAAAUAAUCAGAGUGAAGAGUUAGGGGUGGAACUCUAGGAGAAGAUGGAUCAGAGCAUCAGCCAGUUCUGGGGAGGGCUCCCUGCUUCCCAGGCAGGGGUCCUUGGAGUGUCUCUGAGGUGCCACUUGGGACCCAGUGGGCUGUGGACAAGAAGCGGUUCAAUGGAGAGAGGACAGGCCUCGCAGGGACAGAGGUCCAGCUGCGAACCAUCUUAUCCUGGCUGGAUAAGGCUCUCGGGGCCCUCAGUCCUUAGUCACCAGAUGGUGACUAAGCCAGAACCAGGCUUCUCUGGAGGAAGGCGACAUCCUUAGCGCUUAGAGGCAGCGCCACAGUUCACAUCUGUGCCCAGGACUAAACAAGACGACAGGCCACCCUUGAAUGGCUUUGAACUGUGUGGAUCCACUUACAUGUGGGUUUUUUUCGAUUAAUACGUUACACUACAAUCUGUGGUGGUUUGAAUCAAUGGACGAGGAACCACGGAUACAGAGGCCCAAACGUGGGACUUGAGCGUCCGUGGAUUUUGGUAUCCAUGGUGGGUCUUGGAACCAAUCCCCCCGUGGAUACCAAGGGACAGUGGUACAUUUUGAGGAAAAUUUAGAUAUUUAUCCUUUGUCAGGUUUCUCUAGUCUCAUUAUGAACACAGAGUGUCGGUUUUCCUCUGAACUAUACAGUUAGCCAUGUAGAAAAACCUCUUACCGCUGCAGUGGACUGAGCACGUACUGUGUGCCAGGCCCUAUACUGGGCACUGGACGUGCAAACACAAACAAGUCAGUGUCUCCCUGCCCUCCAGAACCUUCCCUGCCUUCCCAAACUGUUACCACACCAGGUUCAACCAAAAUGCUGAGAUGCUGAGGUUGGCAGCAAAGAGAGGGUUUAUUUGCAAGGCAGCCCUCUCCAAAGGCAAGGGGCUCGGGGGUAUCUAUGGGAUAAGAAAGAAGGACGGCGGUCCGAAGCCUGGGAAGCAUGGGGAGGGUGGGGAAAGGUGCUUGGGAAAAGGUGCGGGGAUCGUAGUUCUGCGCAGGUGUAACUGGGCUACAGGCCUCUGCAUGUUCAAAAGGUCACUGAGUGGACACUCGUGCAGGCCCAGUUGGAGGGUUGGUGGUCCUAUCCUGUCUCAACCAGUUCAGCUCAAACUAGGCGCAGCUGAUUCCAGGUUCCUGGAAAACAACUCAGGCAAACAUCUUAUUGUUCAGGCUACGUGCUGCUUGGAGGACACGCAGAUCCUAAAACGACCUGGAUUAGUGAAGGUGGGUGAAAUGGAUCUGACUAAUUACCCGUGGUUUCAGAGCGUUCCCUGUUCCCAGAACCUCUCCUGCCCUCCAGAACCUUUCCUGCUUCCGGAAGAUCACCGGGGCCUCUUUCCUGUAAAUUCCCAGUGCUUGUCGUAUAACGGAAUUUUAUUUAAGUUAAUUCACUUAAUAACUGGAGAAUCUUCCAUGCCGCACACACGUUGUUGGUUUGGGAAGUCCUUAUCUAGAAAGGGCUUCCCGUGUGAGAAGACCUCCAUGUGCUGCUUACUCGAGGAUGGCCUGUGCACACCCUCUGAGACCUGCGUGAACGAUGGAGCGUUUGGACGGUGUCAGGAGCUUCCAGCCGUAGACGUGCACCACUACGAAGUGUCGCCAGGGGUCCUGCAGCACCUGACAGCCACCCUGAGGGCGCUCUCCCGCACAGGUCUCACGUGGCAGGAUGGCUACACCCAGCACGUGAUGGCGCGGGAGCUCGCCAGCCUUCCCCAGACCUCCCCGCGACGCCCAGAGGCCUCCGGCGCAGCCAGGAGCUCAAAGCAGAAUGUCCAGGACAAGCGGAGCCUCAGCCUGGAGGGCGACGUGCUGGCCGAGGCCCUUCAGCGCUACCUGCCCUACCUGGAGGCCCUGUCCCAGGCCGCCGUCCCUGAUGUGCUCCCCGGACUGAAGCCGGACAGGCCGCCGGCCCAGGGUGAGGACCCCCCGGCCGACAGCGUGCUGACCUUCAUGGCCCGGACGUCCGCCCUGACCUAUGCCCCCGCGUCCCGGGCCGAUUUCCCCGGGGACCGCCCGCUGCGCACGCUCCGCAGGCUCCAGCCCGACGAGCUCAGCCCCAAGGUGGCCGGCGGCGCGGACAGGCAGAGUCUGGUCGCCGCACUGGGUGCCUACGCGGCCCGGAAGCCCCCCGCGCCCCCCAGGGAUGGCGACCCCGCAACCCGCAAGCUCGUGCGCGCGCCCUGGCGAGAGCCCAGGGUCUUUUCGGCACCGGCGGCCCCCCAGAAAUGGCCCUCGCCUCCGGACCCCAGGGACGCCCUGGGCACGGACGACGGGGCACGUGUUCAGGCUCUGCUGAAGGACCUGCGGGAGCGCCCGGGCAGCGUGGAGGGUCUGAGCGCCCUCAAUGUGGCCGAGGCAGCCCGUGCGAUAGCGAGCGCGAUGCCAGGCGGGCGCGCGGAAGGGGAGCAGGACGGCGCCGGGAGAGGCGGCGGAGGGCCGAGAGGCCAGGCGGGCCGCUCGGGGGCCGCGCGCCACAGAGACGGCGUGCCAGGUAACAGAGUGCGAGACGGCGGUGCAGGAUUUUACCAGGAGGUCAGCCGUUUGGGCGUCAAACUCGGGGACCUCCUGCAGGGUCCUGGGUCUCCAUUCCUGCCUGGAGCCCCCCGUCUUGCCGGGUCUUUCAAGACAGAGAUCAAGAAAUCGGAGGACCCUGAGGCCUCCCCGUCUUCAGAGGAGGAUCGCGUUGGGGUGGAGAACAUAAAGAGUCAGACCUACUCCAAGGAGCUGCUGCAAAGGCCGCCGCACCCGGAGCCGGGGCCGGGCGGACUUGGGGCAUCACAGCUCCGGGCUCCGACGGCCCCGCAGGAGGACCAGCGCCCCGGCGCCGGGGCCCGGGGACCCCCCGGCCAAGGCCUGCGGCUGGAAGUCCAACCUCCCCAGGAGGAGUACGGCUACAUUGUGACGGAAAACGACCCGCUGAGCCCAGAGAAGGGGACGGAGGUGCUGGAGGACGUGGCGCGUCUCCUGGACAUGCCGGCGGGCGUCUUCUCGGACAUCGCGGUCUCGGGACCAGCGGUGACCUUCAGGGUGCGCGCCAACCUCCAGAACGUGACAGCGGCGGACGCUGCGAAGGCGGCAGUGCUGGCCUUCCCCCAGAAGCCACCCCGGUGUCACAGGCCUAAUGAGGAGAUGCAGAGCCCCCGCCCCACUUUUCCUGCUCCUCUGGGAAGCCGCCGACGUCGCUGCAGCGGCGGCUCUGACCCCGCGGGCGCCCCUCCGUCGGGUCCUGUGGCACGUCUGCCCCAUCGUGAGCUUUUCCACGGUCUGAGCUCCUCUGACGCCCACUCUCUGCUCCCUGAGAUUCUGUCCCAGGCGGACCUUCUGGGUGAGGUUAUGGGAACCGCCUCUACUGACGUGAUCCGAGGUUGAAAGGACAGCCCCCCCCCCCCCCCGACGACGUGGUGGUGAAAAAGCAGAACUUCUGUGUUGCCAUAUGGCCGCCAUCAGGGCUCCGAGGAGGGCGCCGUUCAGCAGAGCCCCUGCCUCGAGGCUGAUGGGGGCAGGAGCCGGACGGGCGCUCACAGCCCCACGCCUUCCAUCCCUGGCUGGCAGCAGCCUGGGGACCUGGGCCUCGGAGGGAACAGCUGUACCCCUGCAGCAGCUUCCCUGGCCGAGAUGGGGGCCCCUAGGGCCCCCGCAUGUGGCAGGGAGGCGAGGGUCAGCCCGAGAGCCCCCCUGGGCCCCGACGUUUCUGACAGUGAACCAUUUCAUUAUUUUAAGAAUGUCCCCCAGUCACCCACAAACUCCACAGUCAUUGCUUUUGGAGGAAUCCAGGGAGGGCCCUCAGUCCUUCCUUAACUUUCAAAGCCCAAUUUCCAGACAGUUUUUGCUCCCUUCUGAAGAAAACGUCAGAAGCCAGGGAACAAGUGACGGAGCUGUCAGCAGAGGUCACUUACUAUAGGAAGAUGCUGCACAUGAUAAACGUGGGCACGUGCUCGACAAAGAGUCUCCGCGUAGGAGUCGUUCCACGUGAAUUUAAUCCUGCUGUUGGAGAGAACACCGUCUGUCUGAACAACCUCUCGACUUCACUGCCCAGGACCCUCUCUGGAUCAGAGGCUGAGUGUCCAUCUCCCGAUGAGCUCGUCCGAGGUGACAGCCUCCGAUGCAGACGGGGACCCUCCUGUCAAGGGCUUCUCGUCAGAGACAGAGGCGCACGUGUGUACUCACCCCUCCCCUCGGGCGUGAGUGACGCCAGCUAGGAGCUGUCCUCCCACCGUGCCAGGUAUUCAUCGCAGAUUGAAACUUCAGCCUUUGUGCUUCGAGCUGCCGCUGCCCGCAAAGCCGUUUACGAGGCCUGGCAGCCUUGUCUGUGUAGGUUCAGUGUGUGUUUUGACAUGUAAAUUUACAUGAGGCAUAUGUAAUCAGCCACAGUGAUAUGCUAAUUGGAUUCAUCUGUGAACUGAAUAAGAAACACAUUUGAAGAAAAAUGCAGUGAACUUAUUACCAGCUGAGACACUUUGUAAUCAGCGCUGUGCGUCGUCAAAAUGCGGAAAGGUCAAGUGCCAGGUACUCGUGGGGCCUGGGCUGCCCCAGUGCAGGUCGGCUGCUUUCCUCCUUCUGUAAAACGCAGCGUGACUUGCGGACCCUCAGCAGGGCCGUGUCACUGCCCUGGGUGCUGCAGGAGCCCUGGGGGCACCCGACACCAGGGCAACCCGUGAAGCCAUUGUGGACGUGUGAGUGUGUGACCAUGAGUGUGAGCGUGCAAAACAGGGUGAGUGUGCAAGCGAGUGUGCGAGGAUCCGCGUGCAACGUGAGAGCACUGCCACGCGUGGGCGUGAGCAUGCAAACACGAGUGCAGGUGUGAGGGAGUAUGCCAGCAAGCACGCAGGCACGUAGAAGUGGAGAGGAGGGGUGCGUCCCCGGCCUGUCCCCAGCGUCACACCGGACCCCAGGCGCUGAGCUUUGCCCAGAGCACCAGACGGGGCUCCCGCCCUCCACGUGCACAGCACUGUCAGAGCCUGGGGCCCCCCACGGGGAAGCCACGCCCGGCUCCACGGUGACAGCACGCGCCCCCUCGCUCCCCCAAACACACCCUCUGAGGCGCUGCCAGCCACGGUUGCCCUGCUCACCAUCACCUCUGCUUCUCAUCCUUUAGCUGGAACCGGCGGAGGGAGGCUGGAGCUCUCAGACGAGAGGACCUCUGGGCCUGGGCGCCCCACUGGGGGGGCAGCAUCUCUGGGUUCCACCCUCUCUGUCCUCAUAAGUCUGCUCACCAGCACCCUGCACACGGUCAUUGGGGGCGGGGUGCUUCCCGGACUGUUCCCUGCAGGAAUGGCUUUUGUAAAUGCAGCAGUGGGUGGAGCGAAACUUAACCCAGUGGAGCAGUGGUGGACAGAGACGGUCAGUGCAGCUGGACGGAGACGGGGUUGGCGGGGCCUCUGAUGCGUCGAGCGUCUUUGUAGGAGCAGAGGUGCGAGGGUGAUGAAUGGGCUUUUCCUUUGCCGUGGGCAGGUACUUGAGGAGCCGGGAACAGGCAGGCAAGAUGGCGGGAGAGACAGAUGGGAUGGGGCCCUCCCCCGCUCCCCAGCCAGGGAUGCCUCUGAACCCUGUGGAGAGAGGAGCCCAGCCUGGCUGCAGAGACGAGGCCGCAACAGGACCGUCGGCACCGGGAGGGUGUGCGCCUGGGGAAGCGGGAGGCCACGGAUGCAGGCGCGUGGCCUGUGGGUGGUGAGGAAGCCCCAGGGGAAGCCUCGGAGCCUGUCCGUGAGCCCCCAGAGGCCCCAGAACAGCAGGACCUCCUGAGGUGGGUGGCUUCAGGCCUGCAGGUGUCAGUCGUAAAGUCAGGACAGAGUUGAGUUCCACUUACUUCUGCUGGUUAAGCAACAGGGCACUGGGCCAGGGGAACGUGAAGUGCAGCGGUGCCCGCGGGCGGGGAGGACGGGCCAUGGGGUAGAGGCUCCGCUCCGUGGCGGACGGUUUUUCUUUGAUUCGAAGAGAAGAUAGAAGAUGAUCCAUGAACAGCUGCGCUCAGCGAAUGCUGCUCUUCGGAGUAAGUCUAUCAGCAGGUUUAACUGUAACUUUCCUUAGGAGACGUAAGCAGCGCUUUGGUUGGACACAUCUUUCUGGGCAUGUGUUCUUGGUCAGGGCACCCACCAGUUGUUCGCAGUGGGUUAGUGUCCUGUGUUGUUUAACUUCUGGGGCCCCGAAGGUGGCUGAGCACCGAGCAUCUCCCGGGCAGCGAGGGGCAGCCCUGGGCUGGCGUGCGGGAACUCGAGCCCCAGAACUCGGGGGUCAGCUGUGGCUCUGAGCGCCAGGUCCGGCCUCCGGCCUCGGUGUUUACACAGCCAUUCGAGGGUCUCGAUGAGCAGGUGAGGAGACAGGGCAGCGUCCACCAGUAGAGCGAAGGCCUCGGGAGCUGAGACGGGGUGGCCAGGAGGCAGCGGGGACGGCCAGCUGAGGGCGGAGGAGCCGGGCGGGCAGAGGCCAGUCCCCGGAGCCGCCGAGGCCCCGGGCGGGGCCGCUCAGGAAGGGGCCUGGUGGCGGGACGGGCAGGACUUGGCGGGCCUGGGGCACUGGAAAGGGGGCUUGGCGGGGGCCUGCCUUCCCUGCUCCAUCCGCCCGGGGCCCUGACCCCGGCACAGCCGCCCUCUGUUCCCCUGCAGUGCUGGUGCCAGGAUGCCCAGGUGGCCCCUUGUGUCUGGCGAAGAGUCCAGCCGUCUGCACGUGGCCCCUUGUCCCGGCUCUGGCCCCCUCUCAGACCCGCCCUCCGGCCCCAGCACCACCUGCAUCCUCCCGGGCUCCCGCCCUGGUGCCACUCGCGCUGCCGGGCUGCGUGUCCCUGCCUGGGACAGGCAGGCUGGACACUCCGGCCCUUCUUUUCCUGGGGCUACGAUGACGUAAUUGGUCAUCAUGCGUGUCCCUCGUCUUCCUGUCGGACCAAAGGCCUCUUGAGGGGGAAGGAGGCCCCUCGUUGGCCCUCGGCCCACUGAGCUGUUUGUGGUGCUUGGCCCCUACACAGUCCUUCCGACUCUUCCCGUUACUCCGCCACGGCUGACCCCGCCCGGAGAGAGCAGCUGGUACCACAGAGGUGCCGCGUGCAGAGCAGGCGCUGCGACGCUCUCUGGGAGCAGAGGGGUCAGUGUGGGUCAGCCAUGUGUCUGGAGGUUCCACCCCAGCUGGGGGCCACCCGCCCUCUCCCGGUUGGUUGUAGCCUCAUGGCCUGCCCCUCUGCCGAUCCAGGUGGACCAAGGUUAAAUUAGAAAUAAGCCUUGGUAGGUGGGGACGGCCUUCUUGCAAGUCGGCGGGACGGGCACCAGGCCGCAGGUGCACAGAGGACAGGGCUCAGUCUGUAGGUGGCGGGUGAGGGAUUAUGGCUGGGAAACUCAUGCCCAGUUAAGGAGGCGCAGGAGCCCCUCGGGUGGGCGCUCCCCCUGCUCUGCCGCCUCGUCCAGAGGCACCAGGUGCCCACACCCUGCAGUGUCGGCGGGGCUUACGUCAUUAGCGCAGGGACAGUGUCGGGAACGUGCUCGCAGGUAAGUCCAGGACGGACUUCGUUACCUGAAGGGGGCUCUUGGAAAGGCAGUGUCAGGACCCCGGGGUUUAGGUUUUGCCCCUGGGUCUGUCGCUAACCGGUUGUGUUAGUUGUCGCUAACUCGUGGUGCAAUGAUUACCAGUUGCUCGCUCUCUCAAUUCCUCAGGCCCCUAGUUAUAAAACAGGAGGUGUUUGCUAAGUGAUCUCUGGAAUCUCUGCCGACGGAAGGAUGCUCUGAAUCCAGGGCGUGUCCACACCCUGCGCUCACCUCCCCGCUUUCC